GUCGAUCGUACUAGAUAGGCAGCCUCCGUUCUUAUCUGGAUGAAAACGACGGCACCACGGCGCUGCGAAAUCUAGGCUCUACAGUAUAAAAACCCCAGAGCCAUCGAUUUCCCGCCCCAUGUCGACAUUCAUCUUUUUCAGCCCUUCAUCAAGUAUCGAAUCCUUCAGGUCUACCCACAAGGCUCUGAGUACCAUUUCUCGAAGAGACCCAUCAACGCAAUCACCAUGAGGCUAACUCGAGUUCCCAAGUCUUCCUGGCGUAUGAACAUGGCAUUACUAUAGCCUAACUUAUCCCCGAGACUGGAUUCUAGACGACUAACAGUUUCAUUAGUGGUGUCAUGUCUUCUGGUUCUCUGUUCAUGUAUCACUUCAACGACGAUGGGGUUUGACUCCUCCAUGAUGAACGCGCUGAACAUUCUCCCGUCCUACACCGAAUACUUCCAUCUCACCACCGCAACACUAUCGCUCAAUACCGCGGCGACUUGGAUGGGAGGAGGUAUUGUUAGUCUGUUUUAUGGUAUGAUCGUCGACCGAGUCGGCCGAAAAAAGGCCUUGAUCGGCGCUGCAGCAUUCACAGUUUGUGCUGCCAUUCUGCAAGCUGCAGCCCAAAACAUUGGCAUGUUCGUUGCGGCUCGAAUAUUGCUGGGCAUGGGAAUGGGAGCAUCAACAGUCUCUGGCCCUACAUAUCUUGCCGAAACUCUUCCGCCACGUUUCAGAGCUCUGGGCCUGGGAGUUUUCUUCACCUUUUUCUAUGUUGGUGGGCUCUUGAGCGCCGGAGUCACGUAUAAGACAGCUCAAUACCAUUCGACCCGGGCCUGGCGACUUCCCUCUGCCUUGCAGGGUGUCUUCAGCCUCAUGUCCAUGCUCAUCUUCCCCUUUGUCCCGGAAUCUCCUCGAUGGUUGAUUUACCGCGACCGUCAUGAAGACGCUCUUGAGUCUCUGGCUCUUACCCAAGCCGACGGAAGAAAGGAUGACCCAAUUGUUCUGGCCCAGUAUGCUGAGAUCACGGACACCAUACGAUUUGAAAAGGAAGCCGGCAAAACUGUCUCACUCUUGACCAUGAUCAAAACGCCGUCGAGUCGGAAGAGAAUGAUGCUGGCGCUGUCGGUCGCCGUCUGUGCCAUUCUUUCCGGAAAUAAUUUUGUGUCAUACUAUCUUUCUCUAAUGCUCAAUAACGCCGGCAUCAAGGACACGACAACUCAGUUGGAAAUCAAUAUUAUACUCAACGCAUGGUGCCUAGUGAUUGCUCUCCUUGGGACCUUCUUGAGUGAUCACAUUGGCCGCAAGCCACAAGCGCUCAUCAGUACGGCUCUUUUGACUAUAUUCCUCUUUUGCGUUGGAGCUCUCACGAAAGUGUACGGAACCUCCGAGAAUAAAUCGGGUGUCUAUGGAACGGUAGCUGCAAUAUUUUUAUUCCAAGGUUCUUUCAGCUUUGCGUGGACGCCCUUGACAGUUCUCUACCCGCCAGAGGUUCUCAACUAUCCCAUUCGAGCGAACGGUAUGGGGGUGUACGGUGUGCUCACCAAAGGAUGUGGUCUCCUAACUACCUUUGCCUUUCCCUACGCCCUCAAGACAAUCGGCUGGAAAAUGUAUAUGAUCAACGGUGCCUGGGAUGCUUUGGAGCUAGCAUUUGUUGCUUACUUCUGGGUCGAGACUAAGGGAAAGACACUCGAGGAAAUUGACGAAUUGUUCGAUGGACAGAAGCAUAGCAAUGUCCCUGAUCUUUCAGUCAUUCGGGAAGGUAAGGCUGACAUGAGAGAGGUCCUGGUGGGACUUGAGAGAACGCAGAUUAACCCAAAAUCACCCGGCAUCGAGACGAGCAACGCCAAAGAGUGAGACCAGCGCAUUUAUGUUCGAGAGUGAUUUGAGGAUUUACUCGGUUUGGAGAACAGACUGUGAGAAUAGAUGUGAUAUAACGAAGUUACUCUUCGGAGUCAAG